GGCGCCCCCCGCGCGGCCGCGGCCUCCCCCCUGCGCCCCCGAGGGAGAUGUAUCAGGGCUUCCCCGGAGACUACGACUCCACCUCCCGGUGUAGCUCGUCCCCUUCGGCCGAGUCCCAGUACCUCUCCUCGGUGGAUUCUUUCGGGAGCCCCACGGCCGCCGCUGCCGCCUCCUCACAGGAGUGCAGUGGCCUUGGGGAAAUGCCCGGAUCUUUCGUGCCAACUGUGACUGCUAUAUCAACUAGCCAAGAUCUCCAGUGGUUGGUGCAGCCUACCUUAAUCUCGUCCAUGGCCCAGUCUCAGCCACAGCCAGGCCAGCAAAUGCCACCGCAGCAGCAGCCACCCCCCACAGUGGACCCCUACGACCUGCCCGGCACCAGCUACUCCACGCCAGGACUGGGUGCUUAUGCUGCUGGACCCUCAGCCGGCCCUGUGGCUGCUGCCCCACCACCUUCCACCAGGGCCCGGCCCCGUAGGACGCGGGAGGAAACGCUGACACCUGAGGAAGAAGAAAAACGCCGCGUCCGUCGGGAGCGAAACAAGCUAGCGGCAGCCAAAUGCCGUAAUCGCCGCCGAGAACUGACGGAUCGCCUUCAAGCGGAGACAGACCAGCUGGAGGAAGAGAAAGCCGAGCUGGAGUCGGAAAUAGCUGAACUGCAGAAGGAAAGAGAGCGCCUGGAAUUCGUCCUCGUAGCUCACAAGCCCAGCUGCAAAAUCCCUUAUGAGGACAUACCAGAGCUGGGUGGCCAGCCCGGCACCUCGACCGAGGUGGGCUCUUUAGCCAUGCCAGUCAAAGAGGACCCCUUUGGGCCAACGGCCUACUCAUCGGUGCCCCUCCACUACCAGCAGAGCCUCGGCGGAGGCCAGGCUGUGGGCCCAGCGGAGGUAGCGUUUUCUAGUUCUUACUUUACACAUGGUGAACAGCUGACCGAGCCGUACCCGGUUAACCCUUCAUAUACGUCUUCGUUUGUGUUCACCUACCCAGAGGGAACCACCUGCGGAGCCAUGCACCAGCGGAACAGCAGCAGUGACCACUCCUCGGACUCCCUGAACUCUCCCUCGCUCCUUGCUUUGUGAAACUCA